AUGCGCGCGACCGGUCGCCGCGCGCCCGUGCUGACGCCUGCGCAGAUCGCGUGGAGCUGGAAAUUAGGCUAGCAGCUGCCCCUCGGGAGGCCGCGGGAGCUUCGGGUGUCGGACCGUGUGUGGGAGUCGGGCAUCACCGCCUUUUGACGGCAAGCUCAAUCACAACUCGGGAGCACUUCACAGUGCAAAAUGGCAGAGAACGACGUGGACAAUGAGCUCUUGGAUUAUGAAGAUGACGAGGUGGAGAACCAGGCAGCAGGCGACGCCUCGGAGGCACCCCUUAAGAAGGAUGUGAAGGGCUCCUACGUGUCCAUACACAGCUCGGGUUUCCGAGACUUCCUGCUGAAACCAGAGCUGUUGCGUGCGAUUGUUGAUUGCGGCUUCGAGCACCCCUCUGAAGUGCAACACGAGUGUAUUCCUCAAGCGAUUCUGGGCAUGGAUGUGUUGUGCCAGGCCAAAUCUGGCAUGGGAAAGACAGCGGUGUUCGUCUUGGCCACUCUACAACAGCUCGAACCUGUCACAGGCCAAAUUUCAGUCCUGGUGAUGUGUCACACUCGAGAACUGGCUUUCCAAAUCAGCAAGGAGUAUGAGCGGUUCUCAAAGUACAUGCCAAGCGUGAAGGUUGCUGUGUUUUUUGGUGGGCUCUCCAUCAAGAAGGACGAGGAGCUGCUGAAGAAGAACUGCCCGCACAUAGUGGUGGGCACCCCGGGCAGGAUUCUGGCACUGGCUCGCAACAAGUCCCUGAACCUCAAGCACAUCAAGCAUUUCAUCCUGGACGAAUGCGACAAGAUGCUGGAGCAGCUCGACAUGCGUCGAGAUGUCCAGGAAAUCUUUCGCAUGACCCCUCAUGAAAAGCAGGUCAUGAUGUUCAGUGCCACCUUAAGCAAGGAGAUUCGUCCAGUUUGCCGCAAGUUCAUGCAAGAUCCAAUGGAGAUCUUUGUGGACGAUGAGACGAAGCUCACUCUGCACGGCCUGCAGCAGUACUAUGUGAAGCUGAAGGACAAUGAGAAGAACCGGAAGCUCUUUGACCUGCUGGACGUGCUGGAAUUCAACCAGGUGGUGAUCUUUGUGAAAUCGGUGCAGCGUUGCAUUGCUCUGGCACAACUCUUGGUGGAGCAGAACUUUCCCGCCAUAGCAAUCCACAGAGGCAUGCCGCAGGAGGAGAGGCUGUCCCGAUACCAACAAUUCAAGGAUUUCCAGCGGCGGAUACUGGUAGCCACCAAUCUGUUUGGCCGGGGUAUGGACAUCGAGCGGGUGAACAUCGUGUUCAACUACGACAUGCCGGAAGACUCAGACACCUACUUGCACAGGGUGGCGAGAGCUGGUCGGUUUGGGACCAAGGGGCUGGCCAUCACCUUUGUGUCGGAUGAGAAUGAUGCCAAGAUCCUGAAUGACGUGCAGGACCGGUUCGAGGUGAACAUUAGUGAGCUGCCUGAUGAGAUCGACAUCUCCUCAUACAUUGAGCAGAGCAGAUAGAUGUGAGACCACACAUCCCGCUUUUAUUGCCAUGGGUUGAAGAUCGCCAAGUCUGACACUGCGGACCACACCAUUUUACAUUGAUGUGCGUUCACCAGCAUUGACAAUGGAAAUGGCUGAAUGUAAAUACCAUGUGUUUAGCUGCACUUGACAAGUGACAUAAUUCCGUAUAGUUUCAUAGACUAUUUUUAGAAUUAUUUUCCCACCUUCCUUUAUUUGUGGUGAACUGUGUUUGCAUGGAGAUUUUGAGUGGCAUUUACACUACAUUAUCCUUACCUGGCGCCGAGUAUUUGAGUAGAAAAUGUGUUCCAGUGAUAACAAUUAAAGAGAAAAAAAUCCUUGGUACCAGGAACUUGUGUUGUUCAUCAUCUCUGUUACCCCUCGUGCCCUCUCCUGAAGGCUUUUGCUGAGGUUUCCACUGGAUGACUACUCUCUGCGCAAGGACUGAGAAGCCAGUCAGGUUUUGCAGACAGCUCUGGACCUUCUUUCCCAUCCUCAUGAGGGACAAGCCCCAACGCCCUGGGCAGUGUUUUUAUAAUUCCUCCCAUUUCAUACCUGGCUUUACUUGAGGGCAGAUGGACCCAGCAACAGCCAAGAUCAAACAACAAGGUGAUGCUAAGUCAAUUUGACUGAAAAGAUUGAACACAGUGCCUAUUAAUGAU